AACCAACCCCACAACAAGCAGGACCGAGACAGACAGUGUCCAAUAAGAUACUCCAAGGAGUUGGCGGCAGCCAAUGUCCCACAGCCGGAGCCCAACACACAGGAUAAACACAGAGAGAUACUCGCAGCCUGAAGACCGCGCUCUGACGGUGCUAUUCGUCCUAUUGUUUGAGACGUACCGACGCACAGCUGGCCUCAUAUAGCGCUGUAGGGCAAGCCAAGAUGGUGAAGGAUCCAAAGAAGCCGAGGGGCAAAAUGUCCUCAUACGCCUACUUUGUGCAAACAUGCCGAGAGGAGCAUAAGAAGAAACAUCCUGAUGCCAGUGUCAACUUUUCAGAGUUCUCCAAGAAAUGCUCUGAGCGAUGGAAGACAAUGUCACCCAAAGAGAAAGGCAAGUUCGAAGAUAUGGCCAAACAAGACAAGUUGCGUUAUGAGAGGGAAAUGAAGAAUUAUAUUCCCCCCAAGGGCCAGAAGAAGAAGCGAUUUAAGGACCCCAAUGCCCCCAAGAGACCACCGUCUGCAUUCUUCCUCUUCUGUGCAGACUUUCGCCCCAAGGUAAAAGGUGAGAAUCCUGGACUCUCCAUCGGAGACACAGCAAAGAAGUUGGGGGAGAUGUGGAACAGCUCAUCCGCAGAGGACAAGCAGCCAUAUGAGAAGAAGGCUGCCAAGUUGAAGGAGAAAUACGACAAGGAUAUUGUCGCUUACCGCACAAAGGGCAAAGUGGAUUCAGGAUCAGCUGCUGCAGCAGAUGAUGAGGAAGACGAAGAUGAAGAAGAUGAGGGAGAGGAGGAGGAGGACGACGAUGAGGAUGACGAUGACGAGUAAAUUGCAGAGGGAUAGGACCUGAAGUUUUGUUUAUGCCAUAUAACCCUAAUAUACUCAAUUCACCAUCUUGAAACAGAAGUCAAAUUGAACAAGAACAUGUGUAUAUUUAAUGUUUUUAAGAUGUACAGUGUUAUGCUCCUUUUUUUGUAAAGUUAACACUACAUAUCUUAAGUUUGAGAUUUUCUAGUGGUAGUUCUUUAUCCCUGCCAUAUUAUGUAACAAUUUAGGAGGACUACAAAUCAGUAUGAAAGUAAUUAGUCUAUAGGUGUUACAACUCAAAAAUGAGAUUUCUGAGUUGGUAGUGUAUUUUUCUUUAUUUUGAAAAAUAUUUUUUUAUGUGCUGUCCCAAUGUCUUUUUAUUGUUCUUUGAAUACCACUCUAAUAUCAAAUGCAGCUGUCGACAUUCAAGAAUGUCUUCAAUAAAGGUCGUUUUUUUUUUU